GCUCGACCUUUUUGAGAAGAAGUUACCGACCGAUGGAGUCGAUUGCUCCAGCGGCAGGUUGGCAAAGGUGUUCGAAGAUGGCGGUACGUCCGGUAUCGGUGCUCGACACCGAUAGCUGCUCCGUUUACUAAUCGAUCAUUCCGGGUGUCGGGUGUCGGGAGUCGGUGCAAGUAGGUGCAAGUAGGUGAAAGUUGGUGUGCCUAUUUGAGAGGACGCAUACUGUGCGAGGACACUUGGGAGUAAAAGAAGAGUUUCUAAGAUAUGCAGGUGUGCGAAAAUAACUGUUGCUCCUGCAUAAGCGGCCCGUGAUACAGGUGUAUUAGUGCGAGGUGCUGGCUGGCAUUGUGUCGUGAAAAAUGUCGAGACGCAACGACGAGUCGACGGAACGGAAUCCCGUUUGAAACGUCCAACGAUAGCCUUUCUUUCGCUUUGUUGCUGCACCGCGCCGAGGGGUCACGAUUAUGAUGAGAUAACGAACGCAGAAUGAGAUACAGCGGCAGUAACCUUCUCGGUUAUGCAGUUUCCGCGUUUAUUCUAUUUUUUAACGUUAUUCGUGCGGAAAGCGGCGUUACCUGCAAAGAUCAACAAGGACGAUCUUACGAAAGUGGUUCAUAUUACAUUCCUGGUCCAGAACCUUGUACAUUGUGUGUUUGCGAUAAUGGCAAUCCAAAAUGGUGCAAAGCAUUCGUUUGCAAGUUUGCAGAGGAAGAUUGUAAAUCUUCCCGUCGCGGCGAUGUCUGUUGCGAGUAUAUUUGCUUGGACGAUACACUUUCGUCUCUGUCAAACGACAAAAUCGAUGGGAUUGGCAGCAAUACAACCGAUGCUACUGCAAAUUAUGACAUAGGACUACGAUCCGUCGCUAGUUUUGUGACAGCUGUGUUGUCAUUGAGUCUAUUGUUUUUCUUAAUACAUCGCUUGCGCCAAAGAAAGAUACGAGUUUGCGUGGCAGGAAGACAGAACAGACAGUUGGCAGAGGACCAAAGAAAUUUAGGUAGUAUGGGAUACUUAGAACGAGAUGGAUUGUCGCACGGUGUUCCUAUGGAUGACAUUCCAUGCGGAGCUAGUUAUCCAUUGUGGAAACCACCCAGCAACUACUUUCCACGUGGGGAGGCUCCGCCACCUUAUGAGGAAGCCGUGGCAGCAGCUAGAGCUGAGCAAGCUCUUCUAUCGAUGAACCCUCAAGCGCUUCCUCAACUAAAUUUUCCAAACAGCUAUCUGACAAGUGCCAAUAGUCGUACUAGCGUAUCGCUAGUAGGAAGCACGCAAAGUGGGAUAAAUGGAAAUCCAUCGACGCUGAUAUGCGACAGUGGGAUAGCAGAUUCGAGCGGCUUAAUGUCGACGCCGAGUAGACCAAUUUCAAAUCCAAAUAUAUAUGCUAGUUAUCGUCAGUCGAAUCAAAACGAAACGCUAUCUCCAGGCGUUAGCGUAGGAACUUCUACUACGAGUUUUACUAUGGGGACAAGUACUUACGAGAAUUUACCUACUCCAAUUGGAAUCCCAAACUUUGCUAGCCAGCAUCCGGAUGUAACUGUGCAACCUGUGUCUAAUUUACAAUCCGCUAUUCCAAAAAAUUAUCAAACGCAUACCACUCUCCCUCGUCAAUCUGGAGCGUUUACAAUAUCCGCGACCUUGUCCAAUUCUAAUGUGACUGCCCAUCGAACAAUUCCUAGGACAUUGACUACUCGUACUGGUACGAGACUACGAGAUAUUAUAAGCGAUUGCUCCAAGAAUGAAUUUCUACGACCCUCGCCAACCAAUGUUGCCUCGCCAAAUUUGCAACAUUCUGUACAGCAAAACGCUUUAAUCAAUCAAGAAAAUACAAGGGAGGAUACAAAUUCAAAUACAUUUUACGAAGAUGUACAAAUACAACCUUCCACAGCUUCUUCUUCGUCGGGAUUACAACAAAUGGAAAGGCAGAAGUUAGAUCAUAAAUCGGAAAAAUCCAAUGAUUUUAAGCCGUCGUUAAACAUAGCAAAUGAAAUUAACGAAGAAGGAAGUUUCGAAUCGGUAGCUUGCACUUGCAGUAUGCAAGCUCUUCCUACUCUUCACGAUGAUACCGAUGAUUAUAGGAGCGAAUGCGAAAAUUGCAAAAGCGCGACAGGUUCUCGUUACUAUCUGGAUAACGAGGAUGAAUUAGUUACUUCUCCACAUGAAACUAUGACGUUACAUAGAAGACCGGACGAAACAGCUUCCAGUACUACACCUCAGUAUUACAGAACUUCGCUUACACUGCCCAUAAGUACUCGUCAACGAACAAGGAGUACCGGAGUUCGAGAAAAUUGGUUUAACACCAUGCCACAAAGUUCAACAGAAUCGUCGGACGAAAAUUAAUCGCGAGAAUAUAACGUAUAAUUCUCACACAUCAUAUAGCUAUUAAGAUGAUCUAUGAUGCAUUACCAUUGACAAAAUUCAAUAUUACGGUAGAUGGACGAUGUUCACGUUUUAUUGCGUUGCGGGCAACAAUGUCAUAUUGUUAUUGAUAGAAUUUCGGUAUCACUGAAAUAUGUUUCCUAUCUCGUUCACUGUCAAAUCUAAACUGUUCAUGUAAUUCAUGUAUUCGGACAGUCCACGAUCUACGAUGAAGACGAGUCACAUUUUUGCUUUCACAGUUCUUUACACGUUAUUAUACUGUGGGAGCAAAUUUUAGAUAUACCUAUUGUAGCAUCACGACUUACAAAUUCUAUUAGGUUCGAAUUAACGAAUGCUGAAAAACAAAAUAGCUUCAUAGCAUCUCUAGGAUUUUUUUAAACUAUGUUUGGUGCAUAUCAUUUGUUACAAAUUAAUCGAGAAGAAUGAAAACUCAAUUUUUAUCGCUUUAUCUCCAUUGGAAUCGAAUAUUAAACUUCAUUAUUCUUGUGGUCAUGAAAAAUACGCAUAAAUUUAUAGCAACUGGAUAAUACAAUAACGUGUAAAGAGCAGAUUGGUUCACACUAUACGUACUAUUACACACAACUAGUACAUUAACAUUCUAUUAGCUCGUACAUAUUAUCGUCGAUAGUGAAAGAUUGAAUAUAAUAUACGAAGUGAAACUUUGCACAUAAAUCAGUGCUGACUUAAUAAUUCAUCAUGUCAUUACAUUUACAACAAUUUUAGUACUUAAAUGACAUUUAAUUUUUGUAUACCAUUGAAUACUUCUACUGUACUUUAUUAAGUAAUAUUUACCAUAAUAUUUUAUGGUAUAACGUUUUAAAUGAAUUAACAAUGUUAUUCGCAAUUUUCCAUCCUAUUCUAAUUUUUUCUUAUAAAAAACUUAAGACUGUAUUUUUACUGUCACAUCCAAAUAGUGAGAUGCGUGCAUUCUAAAGUCUUUUGAAAAUACAUAUCAGUGAAAAUCGUAAGGUCAUGUUAAACAACCGAGAAAUGACCAUUUUUUAUUGCUAUCAAGUUAUGUUAUCAAUUUUGUUAUUUUUAACUUUGUGUUUAUAAUGCAGACCUCGAUACGCUGUGUAGUAACAAUAUCUUUGUGAUCCACCUGUUUAAAUAACUCCGUUGGUUCGAAUAGUGUGAAUCAGCCUUGUGCGUGUUGUAUACACACAUGUUUCUUACCUCUGGCAAAAUUAUUCGUUUCCAUUAUAUUCAUGUGUGUGUGUAUAUGUGUGUACGGAAUCUGCGAGUGCAUGUACGCACAAACACAUAUAUCGUCUUUAAACAUAAAUUAAUACUCAGGAAAAUUAUACCUUUCACUUUCUGUGUGAAAUACUCCUUUCGUGAUGUAUUUUUUCUUGAAUUUUUUAUGAAAAAAAAAAGAAGUGAAUGUAGUCAUCCGUAUUCUAUCAUAAACGGUUUGAUCGCAUGAUAUAUCGCGAAAAUUUUCACUGACUGAUUUUAACCUGAUAUAAAAGUAACAAUUUUUAUGUCUAUACAAUUGUAUUCCGUACAGUAUUAAGAAAAAUUACAUUCGUUUGGAACUGCUUGUUGUAAUAAUACAUACUUUUAUUAUACAAUAUAGAAGCACAGUGAAUGGAACUCUAAUUAUCUGCGAUUGAUAAUUAGCGAAUUUUAAAAUGUAUCAAACAUGAAAAUACGAUGAUUUCUUACAGCGCGUAACGUUCAAUAAUUUCAAUGUCUGGUUAUCGAUAGAAACUAAGAAUUCGACUGACUACUCAACAGCACCGAAAUGUCCUCAUUUGUGGAUCGAGUGAAACUUACGUGCUAACAAAGAAUACGAGAAAUACGAUUUCGUUUUUAAUUGCAUUUAUUUAAAUUUUUACACGACACACAAAAUUGUCUUUCUUGGCUGCCAUGACAAACAUUGUAGCGGUUAAUAAGCGCUAGAACGUGUAAUUGUUAAUAAUAUACUAAAUUGUGAUUACCAAAUUGGUCCCCAUUUUGAUGUCAUUAUGACAAAUAUUGCUGCUUUCAUACAUACCGAUUUUCUUAUUUACACUAAUCACAGUAUAAAUUUUGGUUACAUCCUUUCAAGAGUUCUCCACCUGAUAUAAAAUUAUAAAAUAAGAAACGUUUAUGGGUUGCCUAGUACAUUGCAAUGGAAGUAUAAUUGCCUGUAAACUAUAGUUACCUUACUCAAGUAUUUGUAAAAGUAUAGGUAUUUAUUUCUUCUUGUAAAGAUUGUAUAUUACUUUAAACUUAUUUUUCAUAUGCCUCAAAAUGCUCUAGACAUUAUACUCGAUAUUUCUAUUGAUUUUGUAUAUACAUAAGAUUCCUUGAUGAUUCAAUUGUUUUCAGUUAAUGUGAUUUAAGUUGGCUGAACAAGUAUUUCAUUAAUACAUAAUCAAGUACAUGAUCAACAGGUCAUUAAUGUGAUAUGUUUAUCAUAGCAAGAAUUGUGAACCACAAUUAAUUACAAACACCAUGGACUUACUACACAGUGAAUCUGCAUUAUCGUGUAACACGUAAAUAUAUUGCAUUUAUUGGUCAAGUUUAAGGUUACAUUAUAUGUUAAACAGGUUCGACAUAACAAAACUGUUUGUGAUUUUAUACAAUCAACUUCAUAUUUUUAAUUAUUUUAGUCAUUAUUAUCACUUUUAAAGAACAGAGCUGAAAAAUAUUCUAAAAUUAAUCAUUGUGUGAUUCUUUUUAAUGUGGGUAUGUAUACAGGGUAAAUCACUUAAUAUGUACUGAAUUUAUUGCGUUACAAUCGUUGAUGAUACGAAACAAUAUACAUACAAAGAAACUGAUCUGUUUAAGUAGGGGAACAGUUGAAGAUCAUUUAUAUAAGUCUUCGUUUAUGGAAUUUAUUAGGUCAAUCAGACUGCAUGUUGUAUAAUUCUAUUAAGAAAUUGAGAAAUAAAGUAUAUUUAUCAUCGCGUUAAAGAGUCAGAGAACAUAACUUUACUAAACAAAAUUUUAAUGACCACAGCAUACUUCGAACAACACUACUUAUAAAUUUCUGUUUAUAAAACUGAUUAUACUCCUCUCAAAAUAAUUCGUCUCGAAUUUUAAUUUAUUUUCGAUUUAACUUUCCAAGGUAAAUUCAUUUACAGAUUAAAAUUGGUUUCCCUGUAUAUGUAUAGGUAUGUAUGUAUAUAGGGUAUUUCACAGAAAUGUCAUCAGGCUUCAAGAGUGUAUUCUACUCAUCACAAGGAUGCAAAAAGGUCAUACGAACGUGAAUCCGAAAAUGCCAUUUUUCCAACUAUAAACAUUUUGUUUAUAACAGAGUUUGGCGAGAACGCAUCAUUAAACAAAAUUUAUGACGAGUCUAUAAAUAAAAAUUUAUCGAUUUCAAUUCUCAGCCGACUCAUUUGACUACGCGUACUAUUAUUAUUUACAAGCAAUUACUACAAAACUCUGUUGAAAACAAAAGGUAUUUAUAACUGAAGAAAAAGGUGCGUAGAAUACGCGACUAAAGUUUGGUCAUUUAUUUCUGAAUCGUUAUUUCUAUAUCGUUAACUUAUUAUUUAUUGAUUUCUUAU